CUCAAUCUAGACCAGGAUCACAAUCCUCCUAAUGACCGGAGUCCGCGCUAUCGCCGAAGGCGUGAUUGAGCUCCCUCACCACCUCGGAAUCAAAUAGCAAUUGUUUCUCCCACUCUCUCCCAUGAUUUGAUUCAAGAUCCAGCCAUGGCACAACAUAUCAUCCCUCCCCGCUCGACACAUUUUCUUCUGCCCCUGCUCCUGACAGCCUUCCUCUUCUUCCUAGGCGAGAACAUCCAGUCGGGCCCGCGCACCCAAAUCUACGAGUCUAUUCUUUGCGAUCAGAUUCUCCCAGAUAACGCGACCACACCGCUAUCGAGCGCCAGGUGCAAAGACAAAGCGGUUCAAGAGGAAUUGGCCUUCCUCAAAGGUACAGAGAGAGUAUUAGGGGCGCUACCAACCAUCCUAGUGAUCCCAUGGAGCCUCUUCGCCGAACGAUACGGCCGCUGUCUCUCCCUCCGACUAGCAUUGUUCGGUGUCCUUUGCGAAGAAACAUGGAGCUGUCUGAUUUGCUGGUUUUCGAACACGUUUCCAAUCCGCCUCAUUCUCCUGGCCCCUGUAUUCGAAAUCAUUGGAGGUGGUCCCGGCAUUAUCAUCACCAUGAUCCAUCUCCUGGCUGCUGAAGCCGCUACGGAGGAGAAACGAACCACAACCUUUUUCUUCAUUCGCGCCAUGGCGCUUGCAGCAGCCAUGUUGGCCCUGUUCGGCAGCUCGCUCCUCAUGAGCCAUCAUGUCUGGGUGCCGUGGCUCUUGGGGUUGUUCUGCCUUCUCCUUGCCAUCUUGACCACCCCGUCAGAGCUACAUCCAGCCAGUACUCAAGAUCCUCCGGAUGAGAACACCGCAUUGAACCCCGGACAGUAUCGUGGCGACGAUACGAGCACUGUGUCUCAGGAGAGUAACUCUUCAAUCAAGGAACACGCCAGUCUGAGAUUUCGUCUCAAUCAGAUAGCGCAGCAGCUUCACCAAGGGGCGAGGGUUGUGUAUGGCAACACCUCGCUUAUCAUCUUACUGGGGAUGUCCUUCUUGGGCCAGCUCGGGGAAGACUCGCUUCCCAUGGCUCUGCUGCUCUACAUUUCGAAAAGAUACAACUGGGAAUUCGCUCGAGCCAACUUCCUGUGGUCGUUAGGGGAGGCAGUGAGGUUCGUGUGUCUCAUCGUAGUGCUUCCGCGGAUCAGUCGGAUGCUUCUCUCGCGUGCCGGUUCAACUACCUAUAAGACGGAUUUUGCAAUCGCCCUUGCCAGUGCAACGAUGCUUAGCCUGGGGACUUUGUUGCUCGGACUGGGUGUUUCCCUUCCGAUUUCCACUAUAGGGGUCAUUCUGAUAUCCGCCACGGGAGGACUUAACUCGGCCCUGCGGUCGCUUGUGACCAUGACGAUCUCCCCCGAGGAUAUCAGUGUGGUUUAUUCGAUCUUCACGAUCCUUCACGUUCUGAGCACCUCCUUGGCAGGGCCGAUCUAUUCUGGUGCCUUCGCUUUGGGACUGCAGUUUGGGGUUGAGUACACUGGGCUCCCGUUCAUUGUGGCUGCUGCUUUGGUUGGAUUAUCGCUGCCAAUGUUCUUUCUGGUGCGACCGCGUCGUGAUUACGAGUUGAUCGAAGGGUGAUUAGUUGCAGUAGACCUAAGAAGCACAUGGCCAUUUCGGCAAAUUAAGCGAAGAUGUGACCGGGAAUCAGACAGGGAGCUGGUCAGACACGAUAACAAUAGAAAGCAUCACGACAAGGUUUCAACUCCAGC